UUAUCUAAAUAUUCAAUUGGUAUUCUUUACGUAAAAAUAAUAAAAAAUGAAGGGAAAAUUGAUUGGAUUAGGAAUAUCAAUAAUCAUUAUAGUUGGUGUAGCCGUUGGUCUUGUAUAUUUUGUGCGUCGAACUCAUAUUGCUAAUGAGCAUAAACCUGAUCCUUUAUCUUCAACCUCCAAAGCUGUUCAAGCUAUCUGUAGUCCUACUGAUUACAAAGAAGCAUGUGUCCAAAGCCUCGCCUCGGUUGCGAAAAACCAAAGUGCCUCCCUGCAAGACUACAUUCAUAUUGCCAUCAUGGCGACUAUGGAUGCUGUGAAACAAGGUUUUGACAACUCGGAAUCUAUAGGGAAAGAAGCGAAUGAUCCUUUGAAUAAAAUGGCGUUCGAGGAUUGUAAGGAACUGUUGCGGCUUGCCACGGAUGAGUUACAAUCUGUGCUUUUAGAUGUAAGUGAUGUCAAUAUGUCUACGAUGAAGAAUAAGGAAGAUGAUUUGAAAAAUUGGUUGAGUGCUACCGUUGCGUACCAACAAUCAUGUCUCGAUGGUGUGGAUAAUCCCGAUUUGAAGGAAAAAAUGACUAAAGGUCUUGAUAAUGCAUCUCAAUUAACUAGUAAUAUGCUUGCUAUUGUUUCGGAGAUUAGUCCGAUUCUUAGCCAUUUUGGCAUUAAUAUAAAUGUAACGAAUUACUCUAGACGACUUCUUAAUACGAAUGAAAAUCUCCCUAAGGUUGAUAAAGAUGGUUUCCCUACAUGGGUUUCAAGUGAAGAUAGAAAAUUAUUAGGGAGGAUUAAUACUAAUAAUCCUAAGCCUAAUGUAAUCGUGGCUCGAGAUGGGAGCGGACAAUUUAAGACUAUUAACGACGCCCUUAAAGCAUAUCCAAAGAAUUUACAAGGGAGAUAUGUUAUCUAUGUCAAAGCAGGGAUAUACGAUGAACAAGUACUUAUAACAAAAGACCAAAUUAACGUAUAUAUGUAUGGAGAUGGACCUCGUAAGACCAUUGUUACUGGGAAAAAAAGUUUUCGCGAUGGUGUUAGUACAUAUAAAACAGCUACCUUUGCUGUAAUUGGAAAUGGCUUCAUUGGGAAGUCGAUGGGUUUUCAAAACACAGCAGGUGCAGAAGGACACCAAGCAGUGGCACUUCGCGUACAAUCCGAUAUGUCAGCAUUUUAUAAUUGUAGGAUGGAUGGAUAUCAAGACACAUUAUACCCACAAGCACAUCGACAGUUCUACCGUAACUGUGUGAUUUCAGGCACAGUGGACUUCAUAUUCGGAGAUGGUAGCGCAAUCAUCCAAAACUCGCUUAUUGUUGUCAGAAAGCCUAUGGAUAAUCAACAAAACACAAUCACUGCACAAGGCAAAAAGGAUCGCCGAGAAAUCACAGGAAUUGUUAUUCACAACUGUAGAAUUGUUCCGGAGCAAAAGCUGUUUGCUGAUAGAUUCAAAAUCCCGACAUUUUUGGGAAGACCAUGGAAGGAAUACUCUACAACAUUAAUCAUGCAAUCGAUGCUAGCAGACUUUAUCCAACCAGCAGGGUGGAUGCCAUGGGCGGGUAACUUUGCCUUGGAUACGUUGUACUAUGGUGAGUAUGCUAAUCGAGGUCCUGGUGCUAAUACGAGUAGGAGAGUAAGAUGGAAGGGGUAUCGCGUAAUUACAAAUAGAGAUGAGGCUAUGAGAUUCACUAUCGGUCCUUUUAUUCAAGGGCAACAAUGGCUUCCAUCAUCAACCAUGCCGUUUCUUCUAGGCUUAAAAAAUUAGGAAACGUGGAUGCAAAUUGUUGUUUUUGUAAGGCUAGGCUUAAUUGAAAAUUUCUCAAAUCUUGUUGGCCUUUUUCUGCAAUCCAUGCUUCCAGUUGAAUAGAUUGUAAUCCAUGAUUAGACUUUUGUACCUUAAAUUUAGUAAAUUAUAGCUAUAGUGAAUCCUUAUUUAUUAUUGCAAGAAAAUUAUCUAGGUACAAAAGUCUC